CAGAUGAAUAGUAGUAACUAAAGCUCUAAGAAAAGUCAAAGUCAUCCUUUCUGAAAGAACGGAGAUAUCAACAUGAAGCUCACUCUCCCUAUUACCCUCCUUACUAUUCUUACCACAGCCUCGGCUGCAGCUGUCAACACUGGGACUCUUCUUGAGAGACAAGUUCCUACAUGCCAAUCUUUGAACCGUAAGUGUUUAUAACAAGCCAUGGUCUACUUACUAGUGUACUACAGCGUAAAUGCUAAUCAACCUUUGAGAAUAGAAUACUGUGGCGAUGGAUUUCUUCCAUGCUGCAAAGACCUUAAGUGUGGAGCCGACCGAACCGGCUCUGGAAUGACCGAAUGCGGACCAGCAUAAGUGGUUGUGCUUAGAGGCUGGUGGACUACUAUUCAAGAGUUGGCGAGGUUGGUGGUAGUGCUGGUAGUGGUUACGGAGUACAUAUGCAGACAAUUCCACUAUAUUCUCCACAUCCAUAGACAAGGUUCUCGGUAGAUAUUGCCCCCACUUUAAUUCGAGACAAGCUUCAAAAC